AAAGGAGUCCGGAGCCUCAAGCCAGGAUCUAGGAUGCCAGAGAAAGGAUGGAGAGCAAUCCCUACAAAUCUUGGGGUUUUGUAUAAAGGCAACGGCUAAGAAGCAGAAAUAGCAAAACCCUGCCAACACUGUUGAGUCUGGAUACCAUCCCAAGAAUGUCCCAUUUCAAUAAUUGGAAGAGCACCCCAAUAAGCCAAAGUUUGAUGUCACAUGACAGCACCAGGGUUCCCCAUGAGAGGAAAAAGGAGAACAGAAAGCAUGAAGACCUUCCAGAAGGCCACCACUCACCCCAUGGUCAGACGCUUCAGAACACGGAGGAUGUGUGGAGUGCUGGGACCAAAACUAAGGAGGCAGGAGAAGAUGGAGCUGCAGAGGAAGGACCUUUCCUCAGCAAGAUAGAGCUACGAAAAGAUAUGAAAGAUUGGAGGCUACCGACCCCUCUGGGACCCGUGAAUCCGCCUCUCGCCAACUCUGGUCUGAGUGACAGCAAGGCUGCAGGGCGAAGCCGCGAAUUGUCUCCUUCAACAGCAAAGAGCUUCCGGAUAUACAACGCGCGCGUGUCCUGUCUGCCCCAGCAGAGCCCUUUCCGACACCUCAUGGACUUGAAGGCAGAGAAGAGACUGGCAGGCUGGAAGGAGCGCCGUAGCCGCUUUGGUGACAUCAGCAUGCACAAGUGUUAUCAGUUUGGGCAGAUCUUCUCUCCUUUCCAGGCUCUGGCCACCACAGAGAUGAGAAGGCUGGUGUUGCCCCAAGACCUGCCUGUGAGUUCUCGAAUGCAGAGAAUAAGUACUUCAUCCCUCAGUGACAUGAACCUCCAGGAUUUACCCCUAUCUCCCACAGAGCUGGGCUUGGGAAAGGAUGACAACCACCAUGAAAAAGAGAAAUCAGUGAACCACAUUAAAACGCCUUUAUUCCCCCCAAUAGUUAAAGCAACAAAAUAUAACGACAUGAAAUAAAAUUGCAAACUGC